UAAAUAUGGAAGUCGCAUCACCAUAUAUGUAACCAUUCAUCCAAAUAAAGUCAUGCUCUGUCUAUAUAUGGUAUGAUGGAAUGUCCCACCAGCUGCACGGCGGAAAUUGCAGCCCAUGCACCAUUGUGGUUUACCGAAUUAAACUGUGUACUUCGUGUUGCCCCAUGGAGCUAAAAUGGCGAUAAACGGUACGAAAAACCGCUGGAAUUUCGAGGUGAUUCUGCUGCUUUUGGCUGUCUCCUUUUCAUGGACGAAUGCAGACCUAGUAAGUCGAUGUGAAGAGACCUGCCAGGCUGCUUUGAAUGCUGCAAGUGGGACUGAGACACUAGUCUGCAAUGAUACAUGCAGAAUGAGUUCCUGUAGAGCAGGCUGCCAUUACUGGGACAAUACAACAGCUGAUGCAUGUACGCAACAAUGUAAUUCUACGUUCUCACUACCAAGUCAGGUGCAAUAUUGUGGUUCUGGGUGUCUGUACGCUGAAGAUGAAUAUGCUGCUGUUGUCAGAGCCCAACUUGGAAAUAUUUCUGCACCUUAUGUUUUAUCGAUGGCGAGUAUUACAAACGACAGCGUUGAUAUCGGAUGGGCAGCUGCAAACCAUGAAGCAGUGACGUAUAGAUUACAAUGGCGUUAUGUGGAGAUAGAGGGCAGCACAUGGACGUCUUAUCACAGACAACCCGUCUCAGUCCUCCAAGCCUCUGUGACUGGACUUCAUCCGCUUGUUUCCUACAAGUUCCGCAUACAGUGGGUCAUCACGCUAAGACAUGUACUGUCUUCCCCUGCCAGCGUUGAAGUCACAACAGAUCCAUAUGGACCUCCAUUAUCUGCACCCAUCAUUACCAGUCUUGUGUCACCGAGUCCGUCGACUAUUUCUGUAUCCUGGAAACGACCCAAUUUCCCCAGUGGACCCAUAAUCCAGUACACAGUAAGGAUACAGAACAACAUUGGCUACCCACAGAUGACAGUCACAGUGAGAAACACGCACACGUUUGUUAGACUGGAGCCGGGGACAGUGUACAAUGUAACAGUGACCGCUAGAAAUGCCGAUGGGGAGAGUCCAGAAGCUAGACAAACUAUGACGACUCAACCACCAUUGAAUGAUACUAGCAUUCAGCCGUACUUGGUCGUUGGUGUUUCAGCUGUAUUUUUUCCAACAAAUAAUUGGGCAUCAUAUGUGUCGUUUGCUCCUUUUGACAAGUUGGGAGUGGAAUUUCCACAAGACGUGCAUGUUGCUGAUAUUGAAAAUACCACUAUUGCAGACGUUGCAGUUCAUUAUUGGAAGAAACUGCUGUAUCUCUCGGAUUCCUCUGGGGCCAUCCAUCGCCGAGCAGUGAAUGUCUCUAAUCUGGAUACUUAUAAUAGUCCAUCUGAGGUCAUCUACAACAGCACAAAGGUCGCGACCUUACUGACAGUGGAUUGGCUGUUUGAUCAUUUGUACUUUGCACAGGAAAACCAGAUAUUGCGAUGUGAUCUGACAUGCAGUCAGGCAGCUGAAGUCGUGAUUAAUGGUCUGGACUCAACACCAACUGAGCUGCAUGUUGACCCGUACAAUGGAUUUAUUUACUGGUCGGAGUUUGGUCCUUCGAAGGGCAUCUACCGACUUGACUUGGCUCACCUGGGAAACAACGCGAAUGGACAGAAACAGUUGAUUGUCCAACUAGAAAACGUGGAGACUUUCCUGAUAGACCCAACAGGUUAUCAAGUCAUAUUCCCCAAUGCUAGCAGUGAUUCAAUCGUUGGUUCUUUUCUUGAUGGAACGGAGCAGGACACGCUACGAGUCGACGAGGGACAUGUUCUGGAAUAUUUCACCAACAUGUCUAGCCUUGCGUACUUCAACAACCUGUUUGUGUGGACGCGAUACGACAGUGUAAUAAGGACUUGUGGCGUGCUAGGUGAAGAGCCUUACAAUGCAGCAUUCAUGUACUUUGAAGAUAAAUCUGGCACGAAUGUGGAAAAUAUUGACUUUGAUUGCGCCGAGGCUUAUCACGGAUUGGAUGUUUAUCAUCCUUAUUACCAACCGAUUCCAGCACCUGUUACUCCACCCACUAAGCUACAGGUUUUGUUCUCAGACACCACGGCACAGGUCUCCUGGGUCAGACCAACUGAUCUUGAAAGCACAGGUGAGGGAGCCUGGCAGGAAUGGACAUACGAGACUGAACUGACCGAUGUGACAUCAUCAGAUGUCAUCAUCCUUGAUUCCAUCCAAGACCUGACCGCUCGUCUGGUCAAUCUGACAUCACAAACUAAGUACAGCAUCAGGGUGCGUGGCUACUCACAGACGGCUAGAGGACCAUGGUCACAGAGCUUUGUGGGAACCACACUCAAGCAAGUUGCUGAAGAGCCUUUUCUCGUCUUUGCAUCAAGUGACGCAAUUAAGAGAAUCAACUUGGAUGGCACUGGAUUGGCAGAUAUGGCUAACAGGAGUGGAAUAAGAGACUUUGCAUGGGACGGAGACGCCUUGUAUUGGUGUGAUAAUACGGGAGCCGUCUUCAAGGUCAAUCUGACCAUCCCAGGAAUGAUUGUGACAGAGUUGCCGUUCACAUCAUACACUGAAGCGCUGGCUGUUGAUUGGUUCACUGGAAAACUGUACCGUGGAAACAGUAACCAACAGGAUCUUGUGAUUGAUUCAGUGAACGCUUACAUGUACUGGACUACGACUAAGACCGUUGAGUGUUCGCGCUUCAACGGCGAAGGGCGCUUUGACUAUGAGCGAAUCAGUGGGCUGUCUGAUGACCUCAUUGCUGGCGUGACCCUUGACCUCACUGAUGGCUUUGUGUACUGGUUCUCAUUGGCCAAUGAGGAUAGUGUGCAGUCGUUGAAGCUAUACAGAGCACGGCUAGCUGGAACUGGCAUGGGGGACCCAACAUCAAGUAAAGAAGAACUUAACGUCGUACCAUCAAAUAUAGAGCGAGUAGCCUUGAGUUUCUACAGCCAGAAAUUGUUCUGGAUCAACGAGCAAGAUGAGAUCAUCAUUGGCAGUGUGGAGGGUAGUAGCCUAGCCACACUCCCUGACGGACAGGGUGCCACAACCCUCAGCGUAAUACAGAGCACACUCCAUCCCCUACCAGAUGGUUUUUCUUCUGUACCCACGGUGAUCCCGUCCAUGAUUCCCGCUGAAUCCUUCCAGAUUACAGGACCAUGGCAUAACUUUGACAUCACAUGGCGCGCUAGCACCGAGGUGAAUUAUGGGACUGUGUUUUAUGACGUCAGUGUGAUGGUCGGAAAUUCUGUGGCUACAGAAGUUGUGCAGGCUGCAGUUUAUAACAUGAUCGGUGUGGAUCCUUUUCAACCUUUGUCCAUAUCCAUACAACCGUACACCUACUGGGGAUCAGCCGAACCAGUCACUGUCACCAGGAGAUCUCCCAUGUCAGUCCCAACGGUUCCACAGAAUCCACGGGCUUUUCUGACAGAAAACAAGGACAUCUACACAGGCACAAGUAACUACAGUGCAGUGUUCCGAUGGGAAGCCGUCAUGGAAACUAACGGAAUCCUCCUGGGCUAUAAAGUCCGCUGGGGGUCUUCUCUAAAUGACCUCAUGAUAAGAACCGUUGAUAACGAGACCUACCAAUUUGCCGUCAACAAUUUGAGGAAUAAUACGGAUUAUUAUUUCCAGGUGGAAGGUUUUACAGAAAUUGACAGUGGACCAGCUACCUCACUGGUAAACGUUUCAACCAAUGCACCCAAUCCCCCACCAGUCAUCUUUUCCAUUGGGUCAAACAGUAUCACACAGAUGGACACAGACACCCAGACAACGACAGAUCUCCUGGGUGGGGAGAGUGUAACGGCAACUGCCAUUGCAUUCAUUGCGCAGGGGAAACUUCUGUUUUGGGCUGACAGCACAAAACUGAUGGUGAAAAGCAGCAACUUUGAUGGCAGCAAUGAACAAGAUUUGUUUCCGUUUGAAGACGCUCACCAACCUCAAGCUGGUGGAUUGGCAGUAGACUGGCUGUCACGUUGUAUCUACGCCUCGACCGGUGCAAGGAUCUUGAAGUAUGACUCAACCCUACCAGCAGGAUCUGCAGUAACGACCCUGGCCGACGCUGAAACCUCAUCAACUGUCUAUGCCUACUUGGGCAUUGUGGUCGACCCCCUGCAAAGCCGUCUUUACUGGACACAAGGGACACUUAUAAACGGGAUCGUCCUCAUGACCUCAGAUCUGCAAGGUCAAAGUUCACGACCUCUGCUAGGUUCCCAGGGUGGACGGCGGAAGCGUCAAGCAUGCAGUUGCAAUGAGAAUGCUACAGCUUCUGGCGUCAUUGCAAUGGACCUAUCCAAUGCCCAGAAUCCAGAGUUGUUUUUUGCCGUGUCGUUGAUUGGAGAUAUCUACGCCACGGAUCUUGAGGGCUGUCAGUGUCGGCUCGUCAUCGCUGCGUCUGAUCAUGCUCAGUCAGGUCUUCCCCCAGACUCACUCACUGUUGACCAGACUAGAGUCUAUUGGACCAAUAGAGACCAAGAGAUCGUGGCCAGUGCUGACAAGGUCACAGGUCAGGAUUUCAGGUCAGAGGUCGUGAACCCAGUCCCCAUCCUAGCUGCCUUUGGUGACAAUCUUCAACCAUACCCAGAUCCUGUUUGUUUAGCACCGCCAGCUUACACAUCCGAGGCCCAACUGGUAUCCAGCACGAGAAGCACGCUGAACCUGACCCUGGCGCCGGCCUCGGUGUACCCACAAUGCACUGGGGUCAGUACGUCACCAGUGACGUACACGUUGCACUAUGGGAAGACUGAGUCUGGGUCGCUACCAUUCACAAAGACCUCAAGAGACACCGAUGUCCUGCUAGAUGGACUGGAUCCUUACACAGAGUACAGCAUCCGUGUCUCAGCUCGUAAUUACUACACAGUAGGGGAGCCAUCCCUGGGACCACAGGCAGUCCAUAUGACAAGCUUUGGUGUACCGACUGAAGCACGUAAUGUCACCGUGACUGUCCUGGACCCCCACGAGGUCAAAGUUCGCUGGCUCCGCCCCUUGGAAUCCAAUGGACCAAUUGAAAAUCUGCGCUACAAAGUUGUCAUUGAACGUAUGGCCAAUGCUGGAACUUUUGAAAAACUCUACGUCAGGUCGAUGAAAAAUUCAUCACUGGAAUUUGAGUUGAAAAUCGAGGAUCUGGUGGGGGGAAACAUGUACCAGUUUCAGAUUAAAGCCUUUCCAGAAUCUGCAGAGGAAUUACAUAGUCUGAGCCAGAUGGUUACCAUGACAACCUUCCAGAUCCCAAAUACUGUCAACGUGUUGUCUAACACCGCUGACACCAUCAGUGUUGAUUGGACGUCGCCUAGCGACGGCAGUGUUGCCAUGCAUCGGAUUGAGUAUCUCUACGCCGGCACUCAGGAUCUGCCUAAUGGCCCAAGUUCCAGCGACUCCUCUUCAAGUUGGAUGCGUCUCAACAAUGAGAAUGAAACGGAGCCUAACACCACCUAUGUAGAGGAGAUAUCAGGCCUUACGCCUUACUCCUACUAUCACAUCCGCGCUCAAGUCAUCUACGUCACAAACAGGACGUAUGAUUACUCCAAGAAUCUUGGCAGGAUCGUUACCAACGGUACAGCAGCUGGGCUACCUCCGCCUCCUGCCCCGCCAGAGAUCAUCCCCAAGACUCAAGGAUUUGAAGUGAGAUGGAUAAAGCCCACAGUCAUCAAUGGUCCAGACACAGACUUCAUAUUUAUACUCCAAGCAAAAUCAAGUAAGGGUGAUUGGGUGACAGUCUACCAAGGCAGCAUGACGACCUGGGAAGCUAAAGAUCUGAUGGAAGACGAGAGCUACACGUUCCGUGUCGCUGGACAGUCCGUCGUGGGUAUGGGGCCUUACAGUGCCACAACUGCACCACAGAUCUACACAAUGGCGGGUGAAGAUACCCAAAUUCCAUUGUAUGUUAUCAUCGUCGCUGCAGUGGUGGUUGUACUGAUUCUACUAGCAAUCAUCGUUGUCGCUAUCGUGCUUCGUCGUAGAGCAAAGAGAGAUGCUAAAUGGAAGAACAACGUGACUGUCGCAUAUCGAGCAGACACUGAGCUAGCUACGCUGCGGCAGUAUCCUACAACUAUCGUUCAAAAGGAUAACUCACUCUAUGCAGUCACGACCACAGUUGAUGGGAAGGAGGUUGAAUUACCCAUCUUCCCUCGGGAGCGUCUCAAGCUGAUAACGUUUCUGGGGAGCGGUGCGUUUGGGGAAGUCUUUGAAGGACUCGCUUUGAAUAUUCAUGGACCUGACUCUGGGGAAGCUAGAGUUGCUGUCAAGACAUUGAAGCAAGGAGCUACUGAUCAAGAGAAAGAAGAGUUCUUGAAAGAGGCUGUGUUGAUGGGCAAUUUCCAUGACAAGAAUAUCCUAGCCCUACUUGGCGUGUGUCUAGACAACGAUCCUCAGUUCAUCAUCUUGGAGUUGAUGGAAGGCGGUGAUUUGUUGUCUUAUCUGCGAGGAGCUCGAGGGACUUCAAUCACUCCGUGUCGACUCAGUCCACUGGACUUGAUUGAUAUCGUCAUUGAUGUAGCUAAGGGUUGCCGCUAUCUGGAGAGCCUCAAGUUUGUGCACAGAGACUUGGCUGCUAGGAACUGCCUGGUGUCUACCAAGGAUCACUUGGCCCCGGACCGCUCAGUGAAGAUCGGUGACUUUGGAUUGGCUCGUGAUAUCUACAAGAGUGAUUAUUAUCGCAAGGAGGGUGAGGGGCUACUACCUGUCAGAUGGAUGUCCCCUGAAGCAUUGAUGGAUGGAGUGUUUACGGUGCAGUCAGAUGUAUGGGCGUUUGGUGUCUUAGUGUGGGAAGUCAUGACCCUGGGUCAGCAGCCCUACCCAGCUAGGACCAACGUUGAAGUCCUUCAUUACGUCACAGCUGGAGGGAGGCUGGACAGACCGGACAACUGUCCUGAUGAUAUACAUCACCUGAUGCUGAAGUGUUGGGAGAAGCAACCAGAGGGGCGGCCAUCUUUCCACUCCAACCUGGAGAAGUUGAACAGCUACAGACGCAAGUCUGCUUCCAUGUCCAGCGGUGUGGAUAACCCAGCCUUCGAAAAAGACUCAAUCAAAUACCUUCGUUUGGCUAGUGGAGGUGGCGCUGCCGGAGGCGCUGAAGACUACCUCCAACCAAUGGACAGUGCUCAGUCCCUCGGUCGACGAGAGAGUACAGACAGCUUAAAUGAGAUCAAGACCAAGGCCCAGGAGGAUGCGAGACGUUACCAAGAACGGAACCCAGAUCACUACCGCAGCCAGGGAGCCAAGCCUAAGGCUAGGAAUGCUAACCGUGAUUCUCUAGGGCUACCUCAAGGGAGCGCUGUAGAUCUGGAACCCAGAUACACAGCCGCGCCAUCGUCAUUCAGCAAGGCGACGGGAGCAAAGGUUAAACCAGAUCAAGUGGCCAGACAGCCAAGCGAUAGAGCUGCCUCCAAUGCAGCCUCCAAUGCUGCCUCCAAAGCACCACGGCCCAAGAAACCUCUGAACAUGAAAGGCAGUUGGGUGGACCCGGAGAAGAAGGAAAAACACAUGAAGAAAGCGGCCGAGAAUAAACGGAGGCGGGAGGAGGUUGAGGAGAGGAGGAGGAGGGAGCAAGCUGAUGCACCUCAAGGACCGAGCGUAGUCAUCAUGGAUGAACCUUACCUGAUCAGUCAACCAGCUGACAGCCAGAUGCCUAUGAGACGAGCUCCCAAUCCAUUCAGGGAGAGUUCUGGAGAUGAAGCGGAUCGGAGGGAUUACACCAACUGGCCCAAGAACAUUGAGGAAGACCACACCGUCUAUCAGGUCUAAAUCACCAGUGUUGUAGUCAAGUCCAUCACAAGUCAAUCACAAGUCAAUCACAAGUCCAGUCACAAGUCCAGUUACAAGUCCAUCACCAGUCCAGUUACAAGUCCAGUCACAAGUCCAGUCACAAGUCCAUCACAAGUCCAGUCACAAGUCCAGUCACAAGUCCAGUCACAAGUCCAGUUACAAGUCCAGUCACAAGUCCAGUUACAAGUCCAGUCACAAGUCCAUCACAAGUAACAAGUGAUAUACAAUAGCAAAAUAUUAAUAAUAAUUAUAAUAAUGGUCACAGUUCAUUUGAAUAACUUGUAACUUCACUUGGGACUGGGUAAGUUGUGAUUGACUGACUUCUGAGGACUUGUUAUGCAAUUGACUCCAACACUGUUUAUCUCUGCUGAGUUUACAGUCUUGUCCCCCCCUAAACCCACACAUUGCAGGGUUGUAUUCACGAAUCCUUUAUUUCUUGGCUGCUCGAUUUUCUAGUCCGCCAACAACCAAGCUUUAAGUUUGGAGAGUAAGAGGGUCCAAACAUGCCAAUAUUCUAUGUAUUUUACUCAUCGAUUGUUUAUUUUUCAGCCCACCUGUAAUAGUUUUAACACAUGACUGAUACUGUUUACAUUCUUCCAGUUUUCCCGUCUUUUAUACUGAUGUUAAACUAGUAUUUUUGUAUCUUGCAGCAUUUUGAUAUUCCACAGUUUAGAAGUGGUGUUAUUAUUCAUAAUAUGAGGGUGUACUUUAUCAAACAGGUGCCUUUUUAGAGUUUUAUACAGUUUCUAUUUUUUGACUUAUUUUUUUUUUUGUACAUGGUUUGUCAGAAAAUUGCUUUUAGUGCAGUACAUAAGUCUUGCAAAAUAUACUAUUCGAUUGAGUAACUCUAAUUGUAGCUUUAGCUUGGGCCACAUAUAUUAUUAAAAUAUUUGGUAAACAUGGUAUACUCCAGAAUUCUUUGGCACUGAGAUAAAGUACCCCAAUAACCAGUUUUUGUAAAAAGAGCAUAUUAUUGAUGAGAUUAUUAAAUCCAUUAUGUCAAUUUAUUAGCCUGAAUAUGUAUCUGCAUUUUAACAUAGUUUUAUAGUAUGUAUAUUUUUGCAUCAAUUUGUUAUACCACGUGUUUAUCAACAAUAUAUAUUAAAACAAUGUUUUAGCCUGAAUACUUAAUUACUAACUUCCAAGUACCAACAAAAAACACAAAGGAUAACAGCAUUUUUACUAUUCCCUUUUAUACUAUAUUUUAAAUAUACAAGCUUUUAUAAACGAUGUUCACUUGAAAUAAUUGUGAUAUUUCAUCUGCGUUUAAGAAGAUGGAUUAUUUAACAAAUAUUACGACUUCACGAGAGGUAAACAAUCGCUUAUUCAUAGUUAACAGUACCAUAUUUAUAUUUGUACUAUUUGUCUUGUGUGUGGAAUUUCUUUUUAUACUUUAAUCGUUGUUGUGAGCACUACUUAUAUUUAUAGUCAAUGUUGUUAUUAAUUUGAUUUCCAUAAGAUGGAUUUUAACACAAUGCUUAAAAUGUAACCAAAUAAAAAAAAAACCAAAUAGAUUUUUGUACUAAGAUUAUAGUUUUUAUAUUUAACAUUUUUGUUAUACAUUUGUAACAUACAACUCUAUAUUCAUUUGUCAGUAUAGGUACAUCAUAAUGUUGACACAAGUAGGUGCUUAUAUGCGUAUGAUGCGGAAGUGUUGUGAGAACAGUGCUGUAGUUAUUAGGGCGAAUAACUACCACAACGAUGGGACCAAAAGUGCAGUGUCGUCUGAGUUUGAAAUGAUCACAAACUUCGAUCAUUGUGUGAUGCAUUGUGUCGAAAAUAAACAAGGGUUUUGUUGUAUAUUUGAAGACUAAAAUUAUGAUAUUAAUGUUAUAACUUAAGCAUGUUUUAUUUUUAACCUUCAUGUUGAUUUUUCACUAAAGGUAAAAAGAGGUAUUCGAUUUUGUAAGAAAAGCCUUAUUUCUGCUCAGCUUGUUUUCAGAAAAAAAAAAUUUCAAUACUUGUAACAAAUCAGUUUGCAUUCCAUACAUGUUACAAACUGUGAUCCAACUGUCCAAAUUCCCCGGUUUUACACUUUCCCCCCACUUUAAUUCUGUUAGCAUUACAAGUGCAAAACCACUGUGAUUUCAUUUCCAACAUUUUCUUUUGUAGCAAGUUGUUUAUAAGUAAUUGUAAACAGCUUUGAGAUUGUUGAUACCAUGGAAAGGGCCAUUAUAAGCAUUACAAUUUAUUUUUAUUUUAUUUAUCAAAACUGAGUCUCUGUUUGUGCAGGAAGUAACCGAUUCAUCAUCUUUGUCAUUUGUAUUCAUUUUUUUCUAGAGCAUUAAACUAAUGGUGGGAAAGAACAAACAUAACAUUUUAGCAGAUAUUUUUUAAAUUUUGUUUUAACUUGUGUAUAAAUUUUGUAAAAAAAUGUACCAUAAUGUAUCCAGUUUUGUAUGAAUACAUAUUAUCAUUGAUUUUUUUAAACAUAUUUUGGGUGUUUUUUUUUUACUAAUUGGUUAAUUUUGCCAAAAGUACUCAUCGCUGGGCAGUUGAAUUAUAACUAUUGGUCGAAGGGGGACAUGUCAUAAUUUGAUUUCAGAUUAAUUUUGGUAAAUUUGGUGAAAGAUUUAAAAUUGGUGUAUACUGAAAUAAAUGACAAUACGUGAAUGUUUGGUAGUAAAA